GAGUGCAAUUAGGAAACUCUACCGGGUUGUGAAAAUACUUCACCAUUUUCUAGUUUCAUUCUCUUCAUCACUGUCUAGUUUGUUUCUUUGUUUUUGUUCAUCGUGGAUGAACGAAUGUUUCUUUCUCUUAAUUUUUAUAUUUAACCAUGCUAAAUGAUACAGUGGAGAAAAAGUUUAUAGCAUCUUUGCGUGUCUUUUUGUUUUGUUUUGAGAAAAAAUUAGCUUGUCUGUGUGGUUUUGCUUUUCCUGUAUGAAAUAUUUGAUGGGUAAAGAGGUUGAAGAAGUGGUAAGAAAGCAAGGAAAAAGGGGUGUUGGUGGAGAUAAGUGGUACUUGUAUAGCUGCUUACAAGAUUGUAAAUAUAGGUGCUGUUUAAUACAAGAUAGUUCUUUUUCCAUGGCUCCUUUUGAGUGAAAAUUAAACCUUGUCUUCUCAGCUUUGUUUUGAGAUCUUAAAGACAUUGACCACCAACAAUAAAGUGGAUCAAAACACUUUCUUCUUUUAAUAAGAUCCCAUCUUUCCUUCCUAUACUCAUGAAGAGACUUAGCAGCUCAGAUUCUUCUUCCACUCCCCUCAUCACAAUUUGCCCGUCAACAGAGGAACACAGUACGAGAAACUGCCAACAGCACGUGUAUGGUAGGGAGUUCCAAUCGAUGAUGCUUGAGGGGCUUGACGAGGAAGGAUGUGUUGAAGAAGUGGGGCAUCAAUCUGAGAAAAAACGGCGACUGAGUGUAGAUCAAGUUAAGGCUUUGGAGAAGAACUUCGAGGUUGAAAACAAGCUUGAACCUGAGAGGAAGGUCAAACUUGCCCAAGAACUUGGGUUGCAACCUAGACAAGUAGCUGUCUGGUUCCAAAACCGUCGAGCAAGGUGGAAAACCAAACAAUUGGAGAGAGAUUACGGUGUUCUCAAAGCCAAUUUUGAUGCCCUCAAGCUUAACUAUGACACCCUCAAUCACGACAACGAAGCUUUACGGAAGCAGAUAAAGGAACUGAAAUCGAGGCUGGAGGAAGAGAACACAGGAAGCGGUGUUUCCGUGAAGGAAGAGAUAAUGAUGCCUGACUCGGAAGACAAAACAACGAUGGAACAAAGUAAGAGCGAGCCGAGUUCGGAAUCCGAGGAUCAGUUGAACUACGAGUGUUUAAACAACAACAAGAACAGCGCUUGUUUCGGAGGCGCCUCGCUCUUUCCAGUGGACUUCAAAGACGGUUCUUCCGACAGCGAUUCGAGCGCGAUCUUGAACGAAGAGAACCACUGCAGCCCCAUAACCGAACAUCUCUUGCUGUCACCGGAAUCUUCCUCAAUGAACUGUUUGCAGUUUCAGAAAGCGUAUCAGGCGCAGUACGUGGUGAAGAUGGAGGAGCACAACUUCUUCAGCGCCGAUGAGGCCUGCAAUUUCUUUUCUGAUGAACAAGCUCCGACGUUGCAGUGGUGGAGCUGAGGAAAAGAAAAGAGAGGAGAGAAUGAAAAAUUUUGUUUGAUAUUGUACAUUUGGGUGAAGUAGUAAAAGGGUUGGGUGGUUAAAAGGUAGAAAAUGGAACCGCGUCGUGUGAAGUUGAGAAAGAGAAGCGAGAAUGGCUGCUGCUGCAUGGAGUGGGGUGGGAAGUAACACGAAUAAUUCAAUCCCAGACAAAACCAUGCUGUAAAAAGCUUUCAAUUCAAGUAUACAAUAACGGUGCAGAACCUUUUUACCAAAGACAAAACCGAAACAAGAACUACUACACAAGUGUAGAUUAUAUUUAUGAAUUUUUAAUUUUGUGUUCCAAAAUGUCCCGAGAUGAAAAUACAUUCCAAGUAUAUUCUUA